AUGAUUUCCCUUUAAAUAAUCUCAAUUUCUCAAUCAUAAUCUUCAAAAAUAUCUUUCAUUUCACAAAAAUGAUUCCAAAAAACACUUCGAAAUUCUUCCAAAAAAAAAAACACUUCGAAAUUCGAAAAUAACGGAUUAAACUAACUCAACAAUGCUCCGUAUAUAAACCAUCAUAUUCGAAAUUCACAUACCGCCUUCUUCCUUCUUCCUGCGUGAGAGUGCUUCAGACCUGUGGACUACUCAACUGAGUGCCUUCCAAGAACUCAACUUCCGGCCGGUUUGGCGUCAUAGAUAGAGAGCCACAGCUAUACUACCGCAAAGUCUCUGUAUCGCUGCUGCCCCGGCGGACGACCGGACAUCUUUUCCGUUCAGAUUUGCGUGCCUACUCUCUUUCUUCUUUCAUCUUGGACGACUUUCUUUUAUCAUCGCAUUUCCGUUUAGGUAGAUAAAUUUCUGUUUCUUGAGAGCAUUUCAUUUUAAGAAUUUGAUAUAUGAUAUAGCACAGAGUUAUGGGACACAAGAAGCGCAACAAGCCUUCUCGCUCUAAACCCUCGGGUUCUCGCGCCGGUGAACUAGCGGAAUCCCUAGAAUCGUUAACUGUCAAUGAUUCAGAGGGGUCUGAUUCAGCCUCUUAUGAAAGUAUUAAGGUUGAGUGUGAGAAGGCAUUGAGCGCCCUGAGCAGGGGGAACCAUAACAAAGCCCUAAGGGCGAUGAAGAACUUGUGUGUGAAACACAGUAACUCGCCUUAUGCUGCUUUGAUUCACCGUGCCCAUGUAACAGUUUACCAGAAAAUGGCCUCUUUAGGAGGUGAGUACUUAAACAAAGAUCAGCAUAUGAAGGAUGCCAUCGAGUCUGCCAAGAAAGCAACUGUCAUGUCCCCCGACUCGAUCGAGUUUGCGCAUUUCUAUGCCAACUUGUUGUAUGAAGGGGCUAAUGAGGGAAAUGGGUAUGAGGAGGCUGUUAAAGAGUGUGAGAGGGCACUGGCAAUAGAAAGCCCAGAUGAUCCAGGAAAGGAAUUGUUACUGGAGAGUCAAGUGAGGCUGCCCACUCCCGAGGCUCGGAUUAAACAGGUGGUGAAUGAAAUUAGGAAUUUGAUUCAGAUGUCUCACAUUGCUUCCAUUUCCACUUUGAUGAAACAUCUGCGUAAUGGGGAUGAGACGUUCAGAUUGAUACCAAUAACGAGCGGGGCUAUGGAGUUGAGUUCGGUACAGCCAAGAAGGCCCAGUGAGAUUAAAAAGGCCACUAAGACACCUGAGGAUAGAAGGCCCGAUGAGAUUAAGAAGGCAACUAAGACACCUGAGGAUAGAAGGAAAGAGAUCGAAGCUCAAGUGGCUGCAGCAAGGUGGCUAUUGAUGCAGAAUUCAGAAUCUGGUCCGUCACAGAAUGAAGUGGCUAAUAAGAGAAAAAAGCAUGAGGAGAGUCAAGUGAAGCUGCUCGCUGCUGAGGCUCGGGUUCAAAAUAUCGAGGAUGAGUUUAGGAAUUUGAUUCAGAAAAUUAACAUUGCUUCCAUUGCCACUUGGAUGAAACAACUGCGCGAUGGGGAUGGGAAGUCUAGAUUGAUAUCAGCAAGCAGUGUGCUGAAUGACUUAAGUUCAGUUCAGCCAAGACGGCCAACUAAGACACCUGAGGAGAGAAGGAAGGAGAUUGAAGCUCAAGUGGCUGCAGCAAGGCUAUUGAUGCAGAAGUCAGAAUCGGGCCAGUCACUAAAUGAAGGAGACAAGGGUUUGGAUCCCUCUACAGGGGGUUUGGCAGAGAAAGAUGCCACUGAGAAAUCUGAUGCUGCAAGAGAAGCAUUCCUGGCAGAGCUUGCCCUUGAUUCAGAGAAGAAUUCAGGUGGAGGAAAUGAUAAUUUAAAACAUGCAACUGAAAAGACAAAAGCUAAAAAAAGGAACAAGGACUAUCGAAAAAGAAAGGGUGCAAAGGCAUCCACUAAAAUUGUGCAGCCCAUUCAUGACCAUGAGACUUCUGAAUGCAUUUCUUCUCGAGAUGUUACUGAUAAGGAAAAUGAAGGGGGAGAACUUAUAAUUGUUGGAAGCAAAGAUUCUCCAUCUCUGGAGGAGUGCAAGCUAGGAAAUAUGCUUGAAGAAGAGGAAAGAAAGCUCGAAGAGACAUCGGAGUACCAAAGGAAAAUUGAAAAUGAGGCUAAACUCAAGUAUCUUGCUGGGGAACAUGAGGUAGUUGGAACAGCACUUUCAGAGAAGAUGCCUGGAGGAAAUGAUAAUUUAAAACAUGCAACUGAAAAGACAAAAGCUAAAAAAAGGAACAAGGACUAUCGAAAAAGAAAGGGUGCAAAGGCAUCCACUAAAAUUGUGCAGCCCAUUCAUGACCAUGAGACUUCUGAAUGCAUUUCUUCUCGAGGUGUUACUGAUAAGGAAAAUGAAGGGGGAGAACUUAUAAUUGUUGGAAGCAAAGAUUUUCCAUCUCUGGAGGAGUGCAAGCUAGGAAAUAUGCUUGAAGAAGAGGAAAGAAAGCUCGAAGAGACAUCGGAGUACCAAAGGAAAAUUGAAAAUGAGGCUAAACUCAAGUAUCUUGCUGGGGAACAUGAGGUAGUUGGAACAGAACUUUCAGAGAAGAUGCCUGCACAAGUACCUGAUGUUUAUUCGAGAUACAAGGAAGAUCAAGAUGGACGUGAGCAAGGGAAAAAUAAAGCCAAGGAUUCAAUGUUUCCAACAGAUGAAUCUCCUGACAUUUUGGAAGGUCUUCUAAGGAACACUGCUGAUGUUGAUGCAAAUAGAGUGGAUAAUCAGAAUGAAGGAAUGCUUGAAGCUGAAACUGCAGUUUCUGAUCAGACUGGAAGAAAGAGUAGGCACCUGAAGGGAUUGAAAAAAAUUCAUGAAGGAAAGUAUCAAACUGUUUCUUCUGAUGCAGAUAAAAACAGGAUCAGUGGACUGAUGUCAUUUGAAAAUUUGAAAGCGGUGAUAUUAAACUCACACUCAUACAAGGAAGAUCAAGAUGCACGUGAGCAAGGGAAAAAUAAAGCCAAGGAUUCAAUGUUUCCAACAGAUGAAUCUCCUGACAUUUUGGAAGGUCUUCUAAGGAACACUGCUGAUGUUGAUGCAAAUAGAGCGGAGAAUCAGAAUGAAGGAAUGCUAGAAGCUGAAACUGCAGUUUCUGAUCAGACUGGAAGAAAGAGGAGGCGCAAGAAGGGAUUGAAAAAAAUUCAUGAAGGAAAGUAUCAAACUGUUUCUUCUGGUGCAGAUAAAAACAUGGUCAGUAGACUGAUGUCAUCUGAAAAUUUGCAAGGGAUGAUAUCAAAGUCACACUCCGAAAUAUGUUAUUCUGGAGAGUUACCCAUGGAAGGGGCCACUGAAACAGCCGGAGUUAAGGUAUAUGGCACAGGGCUGCAGAAUGAAAUUGGGGAAUAUAAUUGCUUCUUGAAUGUCAUUAUCCAGUCGUUGUGGAAUUUAAGCCACUUUCGAGAUGAAUUUUUGAGAUCAUCAUCGAAUCACGUUCAUAUUGGCAAUCCUUGUGUUACAUGUGCUUUAUAUGGCAUUUUUACUGCUCUUUGUUUGGACACGCAAAGAGAAGCGGUUGCUCCUACCUCAUUGCGGACUGCUUUGAGCAACCUAUACCCUGAUAGCAAUUUCUUCCAGGAGGGGGAGAUGAAUGAUGCUUCAGAAGUGUUAGAUGCAAUAUUUGAUUGCCUUCAUCAGUCGUUUGCUUCAGAUUUGGGUUCUGCUGAGACAAAAUCAACAUCUACGCGCUUGGAUUCCUGGGAUUGUACUAACUGUGCUUGUAUUGUGCAUUCUAUUUUUGGAAUGGAUAUCUUUGAAAAAAUGCUCUGCCCCAAAUGCAACUUAGAAUCUAGACAUCUGAAAUAUACUGCUUUCUUUCACCUUAUUAAUGCUAAUGCAUUGAGAAUGACAAAGGUCAAGCAUCAAGAAAGCUCAUUUGAUGAACUUAUGAAUCUUGUCCAGAGGGACCACCUGUUGUCUUGUGAUCCGGAUGCUGGUGGGUGUGGGAAACAUAACUUCAUUGACCAUUUCUUGUCAACUCCACCACAUGUUUUCACGAUAGUUCUAGGAUGGACGAAUACUUGUGAGAGUCUUGAUGACAUAAGAGCAACAUUGGCAGCCAUAUCUACUGAGAUUGACAUUAGUGUCCCUUACCAUGGUUUAGAUCCAAACAACAGAUAUAGCCUAGCCUCAGUAGUUUCCUAUUAUAGACAUCAUUAUCACUGUGUUGCUUAUAGCCGUCAUCAUGAGAAGUGGAUAAUGUAUGAUGACGUGACUGUGAAGGUGAUUGGCAGCUGGGACGAUGUUCUCAUGAUGUGUAUAAAGGGGCAUUUGCAACCUCAAGUCUUUUUCUAUGAAGCUGCAAACUAAUUUUGCGUGGUCGGGUGUUGGGGAAGCUUUGAUCCUGGCUCGUAAGCUGUAUAGUUCUUGUAUACCCACAAAUUUGUAAAUGUCAAAAGGAAUUUUAUAGAAAGCGAAACAGUCUAGAAUCAGUUAGCAUAUUGAAGAGAAAAGAGAAAAGAGAAAAGGUAAAAUCACAGACAAUCAAUCUGUGAUCGUAGUUGUAUAAUUGUACAAAUUUUGGAAAAUAAGAAAGGAAAAAAGGCCUUUGUAUAG